AAAAGCAAACAAAAGCUUUCAUAGGAAAAGGCUGCAGUCACUCAGGCUUAAGUGGGAAAAUCCAAAGUGAGGGAGCAGGAUGGCGUGAGAGGAUAAAUGAGGCAUUUAUUGGAAAGUACCAAAAGGACUCAAAAGGAAGGAAUGUAUAAGGGAUGUCAACAAGAAGACUGAACAUCAAGCCGUGAAGGAGAAGACACAGCAGCGCACUCUGUGUCAAAGACCUCAAGAAAACCACAGAGGAGGAAACUUUGCCUUUCACAGACUGACACAGAAACCCGCCUGCAGAGUGAUUGUCGUCAACAAGAGAAAUGGAGAAGUGUCCAUUCUUAGAAAGAUAAAAGGAUGUCACUGCCAGUUUUGCUGUUGCUAUCACUCUUGACUGUCCGAUGUGGUGGAUGUGACAUUGACUGGGAAGGUGUGAAAAACAUAAAAGCGACUAUCGUCUCUAAUCCAACUGGAUUUCGGACAGUGUUUCCAAAAGAUUACUAUGUAGUGCACCGCUACACAAAAAGUAUGCUCUGUGACAGUGACCCGUGUUGUGUGUUCCCUGCUGCAAUAGUCCUCCUGGAGUCCUGGCAUGUGCUUCUCAGAAACCUCUGGGACGAGCACCUGAAUCACUCCUUAAUCCUCGAUCUGAAGCUGACACUGGAUAAAAUUAUAAAAAAGAACAUAAAUACAGAGAGGUUCCAGGAGGAGACGGACCUGUCCCAAUUCGCCAAAUUAUCUUCCUCUCCUGAGGAACUCCUCAAGCUAACGUCAGAACUUUUCACCCGAUGGCUCGAGGUCGGGUGCUUGCCUUCGAUCGAGACCUGCACCCUGCCCACCUUGCCCCCCUCUAUUGAGAGGAAGGACUACGGUCCGUCCAGGGCCAGACUCUUGACCACCCGAGCUAUCAGCGGGGAGGACGAAGGUCAGCCUGACACCAUGAUAGACAUUAAACAGCUUUCGUCCACCGGUGGCCGUCCAUCCCCAUCAUAUUACGCUUCUGUCUGGAGCCCCUUGCUAUUCAGACUCUACUGGUGGUUGUUGCCAUAGUUACUAAAAAGGAUUUUUUUUUCUUCAUGAUGCACAUAAAAUGCAAGACAUUUCCUGGCACUGAAUGUUUGUUUUCUUAUACUUGUGUCUUUGUGUUUUAUUGCAGCAAGCUUUGUGAAUAUGAAGUGGCGUGCACGUUGCAUUUAAAGGCGCAAUGAGUAGGAUUCUCCUAAAAAUAAACAAUGUACAGACUCAUAAAAAAUAAUCAAGCAUCACUUAUGGCAUAACUAGCAGCUUGUUGCAGUGUAUCUGCAGAGACUGCCCUCUGCCUGUAGACAUUUUAUUUUGUUGUGUUCGUGACAUUUCUGGGAGACUUUUCUACCUCCCAAAAAAACAACACCAUUAUUCCUUUGUACAAGCAGCUUAUUAGGACCCAUAUUUAUAUUUAUUGUUUGGCACCAGACUCUAGUGACUAUAGGAAUUAUGACUGGAGCAAAGAAGUCAGGUGAUGUAGUAUAAAGACCCGAAAGUCAACAGAGGGAGGAGGCCGCAGUGGUUGGAUGGAUCAAACAAACAGGACUUUUCAUGUCUCGUUUGAAACUAAAUGUCAAAGUGGAGAUUAAAACUGUAACAUUUAGGUAUGCGAACAUGCUUGUCUCCUGUCAUCAGUGACGCCGCUAAUUUAGGAAACACCCCAUGUGGUCGUAUGGGUUGGAGGACGCUCGGGAAGCUCUUGUUGCCAAUUUGAUAUAGUGGCAAACUGUGGAAUUACAACUUCCAGUCCACAUCUGUGCCGCUGAAUAACUUUCAUAGGAAUGAAUGGGGCCCUGUGUCCAAUGUGUCCAGUUAUCUGUAAACAUCCAGGGUCUGGACACAAAUACUACGCUCAUUAGCUGAAACUAACUCCAAACUCCCUGCCUAAUAUCUGUUGUUGAGCCAGCAAGGAUGGGUCGUCUUUUAAUGUUUUGUUGUUUAACAACCGCAUGGACAAAUCCUGCUCAUUGUGCCUUUAAUGUCCAAAGUUAGUUCACACAGCUAAGUCCUCUGUGCAACAGUGCUCCGUAACAACUGAUAUCACAGAUAUAAACGUAUAGCCAUCCUCUCUAGGGCAAAGCCACAAGCUCCAGCUAGCUUUGCUCUUCAUGCUAACCAGAGAUAAAUGCUGAGCAAUGCACAUAAGCCAUCGUCUAUUGAUGUGGAAUUCAUCACUGUUUACAAUGAAUGUUAUGUAAAUGUAAGAUAUUACAGUCUGUGGGUGUUUACUUUUGUACAUAAUUGUAAAUUAAAGACAUUUAGAUAUAUAUUACAUUGUUAGUUUUUGAUAUAAUAUCCCAAGGAUUGUAAGCUAUAUUUAUUGUGAUCUCUGCUGUUUGUCAUCAGUGAUGGAAAGUAACCGAGUGCGUUUAAUUUUGAGGUACUUGUACAUACUGGAGUAUUUCAAUUUUAUGCUACUUUAUAAUUCACCAUUUAUAUUCUAUAUUCUGCAACAUUUGAGAGGGAAAUAUUGUACUAUUUCUCCCACUACAUUUAUCUGACAUGUUAUUCUACAGAUACAUUAUUAUAAAUUAAACUACCUAACAGAUUAUUAACUACAACAGUACAAUGUUGACACAUUAGCCCAUCAAUGAUACUAUAUAAUAGUGUAACAACCACACAUAGCAUUUUCUGCAUCAUAUACUUUUGAUACUUUAAUAUAUUUUACAAACAAAGCUUGCAUAAUUUUACUCCAGUAUCCUUUUUAAUGCAGACUUCACUUGUAACAGAGUAUUUUUUCAUUGUGCUAUUUUUGCUUAAGUAAAAGAUUUGUUUGUCAGUAAGAACAUGUAGAUAUUUAUAUUUUUUGUCCAUUCUGCUUGAAGAGAUCACAGAUUUGUUUAUAGUUUUGCAUUCCAGUAACAUGACACAGAGUUUGUGUCGGGAGUCCACAUUCAUGUGAGCCCAACCGUUACUGCCGGCUCUUUUAAAGAAUCAUUCCUAGUGUGCAAAAGCUUCACAACUGUUUUGUUACUCUGAUAAAAACUGAGAUGAGUAGCAGAUGAGGCAGGAAUGCGCUCUGGAUCCAACAGGACUACGGAGAUGUUUCUGACUCCUGUCAGGAUUUACUCGAGAAAUAAAAAGUCCACCAUU